AUGAUAUCCCUUAAGAUAUACGUGCUAUUGCAAUUGGCUGUAACUGCUGUUUUUCUCAAACCUUCUCUCGGCCAAAGUUGCGGAAUGCGCAUGGCAUCUCGAGUGGUAAAUGGACAGAAUGCUCAGCGCCACGCCUGGCCUUGGCAGAUCUCACUACGGUACAGGGGUGGGCACAUUUGUGGGGGAUCAAUCAUAAGUAACUGGUGGAUUUUGACUGCUUCUCAUUGUGUCGAAAAGGAUCGGAGCCCCAGGGGAUAUUCUGUUGUUGUAGGACUACAUGCCCAAAGAGAGCGGCCGGGUCAAGACCAAAUAUUUGGAUUACGUAGAGUGAUUAUGCAUGAGCGAUAUGGACAAUUGAAUUUCGAUGUAGCUCUUCUGCAACUAAACAGGCCAAUCCGGAUGAGUUACAAGGCAAAACCUGUUUGUCUGCCACAACAAGGAAGUAGAGCUCGGCCUGGUUCACAAUGUUACAUCACAGGAUGGGGGCGUACAGUUGGAGGAGGAUAUGGAGCUAACAUUCUUCAACAAGCAAUGCUGCCAGUUGCUGAUGACAGAAGAUGUUCUUAUGUUAACGGAAGGCUCGGUCGCGUAUACAGUGACACCAUGAUCUGCGCUGGAGGACAGGGACGCGGAGGAUGUCAGGGAGACAGCGGUGGACCUUUUGUAUGCAAUGAAAACGGGCGAUGGGUUCUCCGCGGAGCUGUAAGUUGGGGUCACGAGUACUGUAGGACCGACUACUUUACAGUGUUCGCCCGAGUCAGUACCUUUACCAAAUGGAUAAGGGACAGGACUGGUUUAUGAUGCGGUGGACUGAAGAGGCCAACGAACCAGAAUUAGUAGUUGAUAUUUGUAGUAGGAAGGAAGAAUAAAGCUUUAACCCUUUACUUCA